UGUUGUCACACCCCUUCUCCUUGUCAAACCAUCUUUUUGUCUUCUGCCAUUUUUUCUUUGCUUUCCAGAAUUCUCUCCAGUUCUGAAGAAGAUGGCAGCAAAUACAUUGAUGAGCUGCGGCAUCGCCGCCGUUAGCCCUUCAGUCCUCUCAUCAUCCAAGUCAAAGUUCGCCACCUCCCUGGCACUGCCCACCAGUGCUUCCUCCAGCAGCAGGUUCACCAUGUCAGCUGAAUGGAUGCCCGGCGAGCCACGGCCACCGUACCUUGAUGGCUCAGCUCCAGGAGACUUCGGCUUCGACCCACUUCGUUUUGGUGAAGUUCCAGAAAACUUGGAAAGAUACAAGGAAUCUGAACUCAUCCAUUGCCGAUGGGCCAUGCUUGCUGUGCCAGGGGUCCUAGUACCAGAGGCAUUGGGUCUGGGAAACUGGGUUCAGGCUCAAGAGUGGGCAGCCAUUCCAGGAGGACAAGCAACCUACUUGGGGCAACCAGUUCCAUGGGGCAACCUCCCUACCAUCCUGGCCAUUGAGUUCCUUGCCAUUGCUUUUGUAGAGCACCAGAGAAGCAUUGAGAAAGACACAGAAAAGAAGAAGUACCCUGGUGGAGCCUUUGACCCGUUGGGCUUCUCCAAGGACCCUGCAAAAUUCGCAGAGUACAAAGUCAAGGAAGUCAAGAAUGGCCGCCUUGCCUUGUUGGCUGUCGUGGGAUUCGCGGUUCAACAGUCGGCAUACCCUGGAACUGGACCGCUGGAGAACUUGGCUAGUCACUUGGCAGAUCCAUGGCACAACAACAUUGGAAACGUCAUCAUCCCCAGAUCUAUUUAUCCUUGAAUCACAUGAUGAUCGAUGCAGUAUUUAGAUCACACACAUUGUAAAAACUUUCCUGUGUAACAUUAAUCGACAUUCAUGGAGUCCCAGCUGCCUGUUAUGGAAUGUAAUGUACUAGUUCCUUCCAACACCUUUCUGCUGCACUCAGUUUCUCAGAGCAAACAUGAAUACAUCCAAUUUCCCUGUGUUGAGAAUACUCA